AUGACGAAGUCUGAGAAGCCAACUUCAGACUUUGUCAACAAAUUAGAAAAACAAAUUAAGCAGCCACAACAUGAAAUACCUGAGGCAACUUCAUCCUUCCAAAUUCCCCAAAUAAGUCGCGUUUGCUGGACAACUAUGAGACUAAUCCAGCUUCAGGCCCAGCAGCCAGAGCUGCCACAAACCAAGAAACUUGGGUUUCCUUUGGACAAGAAGAUUAUCAAAGAAACUUCCAAGAUUUCAGAUGAUGUUAGCCUGCACAAGAAAGUCAGUAAUGAGACAGAGAAACCCAAAAGCAAAUCAAAAUCAUCAUCUGCUCCAAUUCCAGUUGCAUACUUCCCCAUGAAUUCAUAUCUCUCUCGCUUGUAG